GUAGAUGCGUCCUACGAUGGUCAAUAUUUCUACCCGAAGCCUACCAGCAAUUUCGAGCUUGACAGCUACCUUGGCCGCUGGUAUCAGGUGGCUGGGACCCUAGCACCUACAGCUGGCUGCAGGUGUAUCUCCGCCGACUGUUCUCUGAACGACAACGGCACUGUCAAUGUGCGAAAUGGUUGCGAGAUCGAAGGCAAAAAGAUCACCAUUCAAGGCACGGCGACCCCUGUGAGCCCUUCUGCUGGGUACGGACACGUCGGAGUUCUGAGAGUCCAGUUCCCCGGUCAGUCUGCGCCGCAUUAUUGUCCUGGACCGAACUGUAUCGUCCAAGAUAUCGGUGCCGAGUCCAGCGGAAGUGGCUGUGAUGUGGACGCUGAGAAUGAUGACGAUGCCUUUGCUAUUGUACAGACCUCCAAUUUCACGACCUUGUUCAUUCUGAGCUGA